GAAAGAUCGUUUUUGGUUACUGUAACGCCGAAGGCGGAACAAUUCCAGAGUGAGAAGGAUCGGAACUUGGCCAAGAUCUCUGUGGCCGAUGGUGGAGCUCACGUACUUCCCUGCGCUGCUGCGAAAUAUGCACUGGGGAAUCAAGGAAAGGAAUGAAAAAGAAAUGCACCUGCGAGAACCUCUGUUGUGCGAGUGGCCCACCGACGACAAUAGCGAGUCCGAUGGCGAAGGGGUGCGCGAACACUUGGCGUACAAAAAGCACGUGGUGGUGACAGUCGAGCCCAAACUCACGCGAUCUGAGCGACUGCUGCGAUCUGGGUGGUCCUUAUCUGCUUUCUCCAGACAGCAUCACAUGAACACCGUACCCAACGUCGAGACCACCCAGGACAUUGUGAACAAGGCCCUGGCCCAGCUGGCCGGGAUCACCGUUGCCGCCGUCACCCUCCUCUUGCUUGCAUUGUAUCGGCAAGCCGCGUGAAUAUAGCCCAUAAUUAGCUCCCGUUAGGUCAAUUUGUGUGUUCCUCGACAGUGGCCGCCUUUCCAAGUGGUCGCUGCUCCAUCUGCAACUGACACGACGCUGUGAGAGGGCAUUUGUCGCAUUUCGGCCUGACUGCAGUGCACGUGAGCUGGCCAAAUCCAAUCAUCAUCUUGGACAUAUUCCGCCAGAGGUGCCUGGGUACCCAUUCCUCGAGAUCGCGGCGAGUAGUUUCGGAGUUUGUGGUGCUGUUCGUUCGAAGUCUCGUCCAUCUAAG